AUGUGGCUCGAGUGGGAAAACCUCCGUCUCCGGCUUGAUGCCGUCGUAAAUCUGAGCCCAUCUGGAACGAAGCACUUCGGGUGUGCCACGCAUUCUCCGGGUCGCGCAGCCAAGACCGCAGAAGCAAUGAAGACCAACGUUUUUUUUUGGGCUAUCCGUGAAUCCAUCACGAGCAUGGAAUACUGCCAGGUUGUUUACGUAUUGAAUGUCACCUUUUUGAAACUCGGUAUUGACACAGAACUUCUCCCCGGUGUAGUGAAGCGUGUCCAACGCCUCGGCUUGCGCUUCUGUAAUGGGAGGUAUUUGUGGGCUGCGAGGAAGAGCGCCAAAGCCGACGAAGUAACGGCGGCCAUAUUGGAGCGCGACCCGCUGAGGAUCAUCGCCAUGAGCGGGCAGUAG